AUGGCUUUCGAAAAGAUCAAGGUUGCUAACCCCAUCGUUGAAAUGGAUGGAGAUGAAAUGACCAGAGUUUUCUGGCAAUCAAUAAAGAACAAGCUUAUUUUCCCCUUUGUUGAGUUGGAUAUCAAGUACUUUGACCUUGGCCUCCCUCAUCGUGAUGCCACUGAUGAUAAAGUCACUGUUGAAAGUGCCGAAGCUACUCUUAAGUACAAUGUAGCAAUCAAGUGUGCAACUAUUACUCCAGAUGAAACUCGUGUCAAGGAGUUUAACUUGAAGCAGAUGUGGAAGAGUCCAAAUGGAACAAUUAGGAACAUUUUGAACGGCACUGUCUUCAGAGAACCAAUUAUUUGCAAAAACAUCCCCCGCCUUGUCCCAGGUUGGACAAAGCCAAUUUGCAUCGGAAGACAUGCUUUUGGUGAUCAAUAUCGAGCAACUGAUGCAGUUAUCAAAGGAGCUGGCAAACUCAAGCUAGUUUUCGUGCCAGAAGGACAGGGUGAAAAGACAGAGUUGGAGGUCUAUAACUUUACAGGUGCUGGUGGGGUGGCACUGUCCAUGUAUAACACUGACGAGUCCAUCCGUGCUUUUGCUGAGGCUUCCAUGGACACUGCUUACCAGAAGAAGUGGCCACUUUAUCUCAGCACAAAAAAUACCAUCCUUAAGAAGUAUGAUGGAAGAUUCAAGGACAUCUUUGAAGAAGUCUACGAGGCCAAGUGGAAAUCAAAGUACGAGGCUGCAGGAAUUUGGUAUGAACACCGACUCAUUGAUGAUAUGGUCGCUUAUUGUCUCAAGAGUGAAGGAGGUUAUGUAUGGGCAUGCAAAAACUAUGAUGGAGAUGUGCAGAGUGAUUUGUUGGCCCAAGGUUUUGGAUCUCUUGGCUUGAUGACCUCUGUAUUGGUGUGCCCUGAUGGAAAGACCAUAGAGGCUGAGGCUGCUCAUGGUACAGUUACUCGGCAUUACAGGGUUCACCAGAAAGGUGGUGAAACCAGCACAAACAGUAUUGCCUCUAUUUUUGCUUGGUCGAGAGGACUUGCCCACAGGGCUAAGUUGGAUGACAAUGCUAAACUCUUGGAUUUCACUGAGAAACUAGAGGCAGCUUGUAUUGGAACUGUGGAGUCUGGCAAAAUGACCAAGGAUCUUGCACUGCUUGUUCAUGGAUCUAAGGUUAGUAGGGACCAGUACCUCAAUACCGAAGAGUUCAUUGAUGCUGUGGCCGCGGAGCUGAAAGCCAGACUUUCUAUCAAAGCAUAA